CAAACUUCGCGUAUUACUAUAUUUUUUCUCCCAAUACUACCACUACUCUCUCUAUGCUUACAUUUACAGCCUACUACAACGUUGACCCAUGACGAAUCACGGACCAAUAAUCCGCGUUUCCCGUUCUACUCCUUGAUUCGUCGUCUGUGCAAUCACGUUCACAUUCACCGGUUUCCUAUCCCUCUGUAUUUUAAUUUGUUUUGUUAAUUUACGAAUUAUAUGUUUCCUGUUGUACCAAAAUUUAGUAUUUCAAAAUCAAAGUUUCGAAAUACCCCUCACUUGCGCCACCAAUGCCUCGCCCUGUUUACUUUCUUUGAUUGAAUUGAGAAAUUUUUGGUGGAGAGGUAAUUCUAGUCUUCCCAGUUUCUAUUCUGUAUUUGAUAUUUGGGAGAUGACUUAUAGGUUCUUGUUAUAGUUUGCAUGAAUUGUGUUGUGUUGUUAUGUUUUCUUUUGCUUUACUUUCUUUUUCAUUUCUCACUGGUUGAUUCUGCGAUUAGAAUUAGGGUUUGAUAGUUGUUCGCGGAAGAUUAUGGUUUUUCUUCUUAUGGUGAAUUAUGCUCUUCCCUUUUUGGUAAAAGACAGAUUUUCGAAUUUCCUUUUUAAUUUGUUAAGUUUGGAUGACCAUCUCUAUUAGGGUUUGUAGUUGAGGAAACGUCAAAAUCACAUUAAAUCAGGUGACAGAGGCCGAGGAAGAGGCUCUGGAACUGAGAGCGACGAAGUAGGGGAUUAGAGGGCCGAGAGAGGAGACGGGCUGAUUCUCUGAUAAGGACUAAAGGAAAGGGCAGAAGAAUUGGGGGGAGGGGGGGCGCACUGGUUUUAUUAGAGAGGAGAUUGAGAGAGAGCACGAAUCCUACCUGGUUCUGUUGGAGAAGACAAGGGGAAGAGUCGAGACUUAGGAGAAGCAUUGGAGAGAAAGAGCAGCAGAGGAAAGAAGGAGAAAGGGAAGGUGGAUCAGCUUUCCAGAAGCCUCUGGAAAUCGGAUGAAACUUCUGAUUCUCUCAGAUUCCAGAAAAAAGAGAAGCUUGGAUAAAGAGCUGAAGAGAAGAACUUUCAACACUGGAUUGAUUGAGUCAUCUGGUUGGAAGCUGAUCUUAUAUAGAAGUAAACAGGUGGGGACGGAAUCAUGAGAGAAGAUUUUCAACUUAGAGCUUGUUCUGGGAAAAGAGUUCCAAAGAGUUGUAAUGUAAAAGGAAAUAAUGAUAAUAAUGUCCCUAUUGACAUUGACAGUGAUGAAUUGGAUGAUGUUGUCAUUAUUGAUGCUCCUGAUUCUUUAAGACAAAAUUUUGAAGGUUCUAGUGUAUUGAGACGAAGAGAAAAAUUUCCAUUGCGGGGCAUUAUUAGCAUUGACGAUGAUGAAACAACUAACAUGGAUGAACCUUGUAUUGACAUGGCUGACUGUGGUGGUGACUUGGAUAGUGAUGCCUCCUCAAGUAGAAGUUGUCAUGCUGCUGAAUAUAUGUGGAAAUCUGUGGACUCAACUGAUGAUGAAUGCCAAGUUGUCCACGAAAAGAAACCUGCAUUCAAUUUCUCAAGGUGCAAACAGACUUACUCUAGAACUGCUCCCUCAAGAAACCUACAAAACCACUAUGGUUUAAAUUCGGAGUCAGAGAGCGGUUCUUCAGGAAGUGAUUGUUCUGAUUGUGAACUUAUGGAGGGUUCUCUCGGAAAACUUCGUGAACAGUGGGAAAAAGCUUCUAUGAGGAGGAAAUGUAACUCUGGUUUCGAGGAUGAGGCUAGUCCUUCUGGCUCCCAUAAUGGUACUAAUGGAAAUGUUGCAGAAGAUAAUAGGACCCCAUCUGUUUGCUCUGAUUCAAGCAAUGGCAACGUCCAGAUGGGAAGUGCAUCUGCUUUCCCUGCAACUGGUAAUGGUGACUUGGCUGAAGUGUCAUUCAGUCCUGAAAUGGAGAGUGUCUUUGUGGGAACUUCUCAGAAAUUAAACGGUGAAAGUUAUCCUGGGUUAAGAUCAGAUUCAACAGUGAGAACUCCAUCUUCACAAUGCAAGCAGAGUGCUCAAUACAGAGAAGAGACAUCUAAUGAAUAUUCCCAUGGUGGUGCUGCUUUUUAUAAUAAAGCAAGCUAUCAACAGCCAUCAGUUUGGUCUUACGGAGGACAACGGAGUGAUAAAGAGUAUAAUACAAAAUUUUGGUUUAUGGAUAAGGAGAAAAAUGCUAUGGGAAAAAUGCAUGCUGAUAGCCAAUAUACUGGUGUUCAGAAUGCAAAUGCUUCGAUGUGCAAUGGCAAGUGUCCUUCUGAAAGACAUGCUGAUCAUGAAAAAGUUCUCAAGAGGAAAGAUGAAACCCCUGCAACCAUUUUUCGCAAUAUCCAUCUGAAAGAAUCUGAACAAGGAACUGGUUUUAAAGGGAGAGGGAAAAGAGUAUCUGGAGGACCUUUGGCAUGUGAUCCUCAAUCUUCUGAUGGUUUACAUGGAAAAGAUGGCUUAUAUGCUUCCAUGAAGAAGAGCAAGCAAGGCAUGCCACAUUUAGAGGAAGAGCAAGAAUUGUUGAUUACUCCUUCGACAUCUGCUGGUAAUCCAUAUGAUGAUAGGGGUCAAUUAUGCAUUCCAACUGGUGCUACCCCCUCUUCUGCAGAAGGAGAUAUAAUCAAUGACCGAGAAAAGCUCAAGGAGACUGAUGAGUACAAGAGAGCUGUGGAAGAAGAAUGGGCAUCUAGGCAGAGACAGCUGCAAAUCCAGGUUUGGUUAAAGUCCUUGGUCAUUUUCAUAAGGAUUUGGUUUGAUAGCUAUCUAUAUUUCCUGUCCACUAUGUUAUUAAUUUUUUCCAUUCCCAUCUGGAAAUGGGGGAAAAUUCAGGAUGAGGAGAAAAUGUCGUUAAAAGAGCAAUUUCGUGUUGAAGUCUUGAAGGAGCUUAACAAGUUGGAAAUGACUUGCAUUGAUAUGGCUUCAUUACUACGAGGCUUAGGCAUCCAUGUGGGAGGUGGUUUUCAUCCCUUGUCAAAUGAGGUGCAUGCUGCUUACAAACGAGCUUUGCUAAAAUUUCAUCCUGACCGAGCAUCAAGGACAGACAUUCGACAGCAGGUUGAGGCUGAGGAAAAAUUUAAGCUUGUUUCUCGCAUGAAGGAGAAAUUUUUAUCAACUUCAUGCUACUGAGGUGCCAACGAAACGGCCAAAUUUUUGCUAGUAUACAGAAUAGCGGUUUUAUUUUGAGCACUUUUUUAGUCAGUUGUGUGCCCUAGCAAUUCUUUUGGUUUUUGUGAUGUAAUGGUUUCAUAGCUUUCCAAGUGGCGUAAGUUCCAUUAGGGAGUAUCAACUCGUGGUUGGUAGAUACUUUGUAGAGAGCAGUUGUUUAUAUUCCCAAAGAGAAUGAUGAUGUUUGGAGCUCUACCUAGUCUUGAAUGUUGGAAGCGCACAAAUUUUUUCUUUAAAUAAAAUAAUAAACGCACGAACUUAUGUUGGGCUGGUUUUCUCAGCCUAGUUUUGCUUUA